AUGCUCAAAAAAUGCGUUACUUUCCUGUUUUUGGCCUCGCUAGGUCUCGGUUCGGCGUUGUCCCGUCGUUCUGACCUCACUCUACCUCUCCCAGCAAGAACAGUAGCCCAGCUUUCCACACUGCCGACCUGGCUAGAGAACAUCGCCACCCGUCCAAAUGGUGAUCUACUCGUCACUCAACUUUCCCCAUCUCCGAUACUACACACUAUCAAGAAUCCUUCCUCGGGAAACGCAACUCUGGAACCUAUCUACCAAUUUCGCGCAGACAACGUCACCGAUCUCCUCGGAAUUACAGAAACUACCCCAGACACAUACAUCAUCAUUGCCGGGAACGCUACAGCCAAUGCUACAGGCUAUGCCGGUACCUUUUCUGUAUGGCAAGCCGACUUCGCCACUGCUAAUAUGUACAUACCCACUGUUCGUAAACUCGCAAACAUACCGCAAGCGAAACUGCUCAACGGUGCCAUCGCCCUGCCAUCCGACCCCUCCAUCGUCAUAAUAGCAGAUUCUCAAUACGGUCUCCUCUUCCGCUUCGACACGAAAACUGGUGUCAGUGAAAUCAUCGCCGACAGACCGGAACUCAAAGCCUACCCCCAACAACACAACGCUACGGUGGGAUUCGGUGUCAAUGGUGUCAAGAUCCGCGGCAAGUGGUUGUACUUUAGUAAUUCAGAUCUCGUGUCCAUAUACCGCGUCCCAAUCACUUCAACUGGCUAUAUACCACACAAGUCCGAGGCAGCCGUGGAACUGUAUGCUAGCCUGACUGCUGUUGCAGACUUUGUAGAUGAUUUCACGUUCAAGGCGGAUGGUACGUUGUGGGCUGUGAGCAACUACGGGAAUACACUUAUUGCUGUUAGUGCAGGUGGGAGGAAGGUUCAGGUUGUGGCAGGAGGGAAGGGGCUGUUGACACUGGCAGGAGGUACAGCGGCGGCGUUUGGAAGGACGAAGAAAGACCGGGAAGUGGUGUACGUAAGUACAGCUGGAGGCUUAGGAAGGCCCGUUAACGGAAGUGUUGUAGAGGCUGGGAAGGUUGCUGGGAUUGAUACCAAGGGGUACAGGUGUUAG